GAGCAACAACUAAUCCAAGGAUUAAGUUUAGUAUAGGGAGCGACUAGGAAAAACAAACAUGGCGGCUAUGGAGGAGAUUGAUCCAACUUGCAACCCAAUGCAAACCCUUCUGGACGAGCGACCCAAGAGUCACGUUGACCAAUCUCAAAAUUCUGAGAAGGUUGAUGUAGCUAUACCACAGCAGCCUGGCCCUGAUGAUUUUCGUAACUACGACAUCGUGCGAGCCACACAAUAUGGGGUGAUUGAACGUGUUCAAGAGCUUAUCGAGGGAGGUUUUGAUGUCAAUGAAAACGACAGAGAAAAUGUGAGUCUCCUCCAUUGGGCCGCCAUCAACAACAGGACGGAAAUUGUGAAAUACUUUGUAAGAAAGGGAGCUGUCGUUGACAAGUUUGGAGGAGAUUUAAACUCAACACCCCUUCACUGGGCUACAAGACAAGGUCACCUGAAGAUGGUUGUUCAACUGAUGUCUUUGGGAGCAGACCCAACUCUCAGGGAUGGAGAAGGUUGUAGUUGUAUACAUCUAGCGGCUCAGUUUGGACACACAGCCAUUGUGGCCUACUUGAUAGCCAAGGGCAAUGAUGUGGACAUGGUUGAUCAGCACGGAAUGACAGCACUCAUGUAUGCUUCCUACAGGAUAUUCGCCUACGAUCCUGUCCGGAUGUUGCUGACGUUCGGUGCCUCAUUGGACAAGACAGACAAGAUCCAGGGAAACUCUCCUCUCCACUUCGCCUGUCAGUCAGCUAACACUGUCGUCAUCAAAACACUCAUCAAUGCUGGGGCAAAUCUGGACGCUCUUAAUGCCAAGAGACAAACACCCAUUGAUUUGGCAGCCAUGCACAAGCACACAGCAGUCGUUAAACGGUUACACGAAAUGAGGAUAGAACUCGGAUAUGAUACCAGACAUUGCCUACAAAAGUACACAAAUGAUAAGAAUGUACGUAGGAAGGUGAUGCUGGUAUUUCCGUUCAUCGCAUUAUGGGCAAUAGGGGCUAUUCCAGAGAUGGAAGCAGACUGGUACGUCAAGCUAGCGUUGGCCGCAGUGGGAAUCGUCAUCUGGAAAGUUGUAGCACACUUCUUCUUUGAUGACAAAAUGAUGGUGGUGAUGCCCAUCAGUAUCUACCUGGCCACCAAGUUAUGGAUGUACUACACCUGGUUUGCCUAUCUGGUGCCCUAUAUACAGAGUACGGAGAAGAAUAUCUUGUUUACGCUGAACACCCUACUGCUGACUUAUAACUUCUGGAAGGCCUGGCGAACUGACCCAGGUUACAUUGAAACUGACCGUACCGACAAGGUUAAGGUAAUUCUAGAACUAGCUGAGGACCAGACCUUGUCAUUGAACCAGUUUUGUAGCACCUGUCUUAUACACCGCCCUAUCCGGUCCAAACAUUGUAAUACAUGCAACAAAUGUGUGGCGAAAAUGGACCACCACUGUCCUUGGAUAGACAACUGUGUAGGUGUGGACAACCACAAGUAUUUCAUUGGAUACUUGAUUUUCUUGUUCGGGAUGAUAUGUUGGUGCUUCCAUGGCUGCCAAAUUUACUGGAAUCAUGUGUGUCCAUUUGAUAUCUACGUUGACGGCAUUACAGGAAUUAUUUAUAAAAUCGUUAAGGCGUCGCCGUGGGUAGCUUGGAUUGCUAUCAACUCAGUUGGCCACAUGUUGUGGGUUGGCAUUCUGCUGUCCUGUCAGAUGUAUCAGAUUGUGUGGUUAGGAAUGACAACUAACGAGAGGAUCAACUUUGUGAAAUAUGAAUACCUACACGACAAGGAGGCAAAAAUGCAAGAUCAUGCAGACAUGAAAGGUCAUGGCCACAGCCAUGCAGGUCACGCACACCAUAGUUUUCAUGGCGGAGCAAAGGCCAAAACAAAAAACCCAUUCCAUCGUGGAAUGUUCAAGAAUAUGGUGGAUCUGUUGGGCUGGCGUCUCUGUGGAUUACUGAGGCCUAAUAAACUGGAUUACCGUCACCUGUUUGUACUCCCUGGUGAGCAGGCAGCUGUGUCCAAGAGACUAAAAUUCAAUGUGAACCGAGAAAACUACCAGUUUGUGUAGAAUUAAUGUGAAACUGGUAAAAACUUUUCUGAUGGAAUGAACUCUGUUACUCAGGAUCCAGUAUCGGUCAUCAAGGAUUCCUACUUCAUUUAGAUUUACUUUAAACUUUUAAAGUUAUAAUUUAGUAAUUAUUCUUUUUCAAAUGGAAGGAUAGAGUUUCUUUCUAAUUACUAUAGCUGAUUUAAAUGUACUCCUUUUUUUUCUUCUUUUUUUUUCUUUUCUUUUUUUUUAUACAGCCCGAAGGUUCAAAACAAUUACAUUUUGAUUUCAUCUUAGACAGCAUUUAAUCUCAUUUGAAAAGUGAAGCUGGAGUGAGAUAGAGACUGUGUACAUGUCCUAGAGACUGUGUACAUGUCCUGUAUGUAUAUUAUAUAUAGUAUGAAGGGGGGAAAGCUACCUGGUAUGUCUUUUCAGUGAGACUGCGAGUCUAACAGCGAAUAAUUGGAACAGAACAAAGUUGUUGAUGCUGUUUUCAUUUCUGUAGUUAUGACUUACGAUCAUGAUAUCUUCCUUUUUUUUGUAAAAAUAAAUGCUUGAGUUCCUGUAAUGACUUACCAUUUACAAUGGUGUUAAGAUGGCUAAUGUUGAACUCACAAGGAUAUAGGAAAUUGAUUGCUACUUCAGAUAUAUGUUAGUAGAUAAUAAGCAUGAGUUGGAGCAAUAUCACUUUCAUAUUUAUACUGUAUUUAUCCGCAAAUAAGCCCCUGUCUACAAAUAAGACCCUGCCUACAAAUAAGCCCCUGUCUACAAAUAGGCCCGUUUACAAAUAAGCCCCUGUCUACAAAUAAAUCUCUGCUAGCAAAUAAGCUCCCUUUUCCAGAAUCAUUAAUUAUACUAACAGUAAGCUGAAAAUGGUUCCCCAAAUAGACUGUCCCCAAUCUUUUGUACUAAACUGUUUACAUGGGGGAGGGGCUUAUUUGAGGAUAAAUAUAAUAUUGUUUACAUGGGGGAGGGGCUUAUUUGAGGAUUAAUGUAAUAUUGUUUACAUGGGGAGGGGCUUAUU